AUGCGCGGUCAAUUGCCCCUGAGCAAUGAUGAAAUAUGCGGGUUGUUACAGGAAGGCUAUGUGAGCAAACGAAGCUAUGGUCUUAGGAUAGGACCCAUUGUGAUUGCAUUAAAUCCGAACCCUCUUGGCUUGCCGGGUGUUCCUAUUUUGGAAUCGUGUGAAGGACCCUCGGCGAUAGACAUAGCCAACGAUGCAGUGACAAUGUUGAAAUCACCUUGCACUUUUUGCUUCCCAGCUGACGACUAUGACACUGGUGAACCACUUACUCAUGAGUCAGUUGCGGAUGAACUAGUUGCUGAUGAACCAAUUACUGAUGAGACGACCGUCCCACGGCUUCCCGUCCCACGGCUUUCCGUCCCACGGCUUCCCGCUAAAGAAGGCCCUGUCAGGAUGGGACGGAGGGUAUCCAUCUUGCUUUGUGGCGAAAGCGGUAGCGGAAAAACGGAGAACUGUAAAAGGAUAAUUCGACAUUUUGUAAAGGAUCCGGAGAGUGCGAUGAUGACCGAUCUGCUCGAGUCAAUUGGUAAUGCCCGUACCAGCAAUAAUAGGAAUAGUUCACGGUUUGUGACACUGUCAUCUCUGAAGUUCCGAGGUGGGUACAAACUGAAGUUGAAUAUUCACGCAUUUCUUUUGGCAAAGGGUCGGAUCACCAAGCUAGUAGGAGAUGAACUGAAUUUCCCAGUACUCUAUAUGGCUGUUCACAAAGCUCCAGAUUAUGGAUUGAGCGCAAACGUAGAGGACUACCAUAUACUGACAUCAAGCCAUAGUGAUGGGAAUCAUGAUGACGGAAGCCUUGUCGCAGCAACUGACGAAGCCAUGACCGGAGUCAUAAGUUAUGUUUCCAGAAUCACUUCGGUGGAGCAUAGCCUAAAGUCGUUGGAUAUUGAUAUCGAAAAGUUUUGGAGGUGCCUACUUAUUGUACUCUUGUUAGGGAAUGGAUUGGAAAUGUUUGCGGAGAAGGGAACAUCGGAGAAGGGGACAUCGGAAAUGGGAACAUCGGAGAAGGGGACAUUGGAGAAGGGGACAUUGGAAAUGGGAACAUCGGAGAUGAGGACCUCUUAUUCGCCGGCAGAGUCAGUUGCAAUGGCUGGCAAGCUUCUUCGAAUUGAAUCAGCUGGACGAUGGAAGGAAUUACUGGAGUCAGUCAAGGUUUUUGAUGAUACUCGCAGACAGUACUCUAAGAGAGAAGAGCGGUUGGUAUUAGAGGGAUUGAUUAAGGAAUUAUAUGAGUCUCUAUUCCGAAAUUGUAUUAAUAAGAUCAAUGCUGCACUGAAUCGAAUAACAUACCAUACACAUUGCGAUCUUUAUAAUUGUUCUAUCGAUGUUCUAGAUAUUUAUGGAUUCGAGACUUUGGUUGGUGAUGAAGGUGGUAUUGACCAAUUGCUCAUCAAUUAUGUCAAUGAAAUGAUCCACGCACAAUUUACAGAGACGUUCCGGAUUAAGAGAAUUGAGCUGCUCAGAGAGGAGGGGAUAAUACUUCAGCAACGACCGACUUCUGAUGCGACAGAUAAUUUGAGUUUGGAAAUUCGCACACGUGUGCUAAAGUGCCGUCAGGCGCUAAUGGCGCUUAACGACUCAAUAAAUACAAAAUUUGAUGUCGGCAAGGAUCGAAAGUAUACUGAUCUAUGUAUGCAAUUGUUUGAAUACAAGAAGCGCGACUUAAAUAGGGAAUUGGGGUUUGAAAUUAAUCAUUAUGCGAAGCCGGUGUAUUAUUUGACGAAUGGAAUUGUGGAUACAGCAUGCGUUUAUCUCAAGCCUGAGUUGGCGGAAUGUUUGCAAAACAGUUCCAUAAGUACCGUUAUCGAGACUCAAAAGCCUCAGGUCGCAUCCCAUAAGUCGCAAGCUACAUCGUUCAUUACUGCUAUUGAUCGGUUAUUCUCGACCAUGCAGCAGUUUCCUAUGCUCUUCAUACGCCAUAUAAAACCGUGCGAUCAAGGUUUCACAGGUCAGUAUCAAUUCGAUCUCCAGAAGGUGAAAAAUGAGUUAAUUAACUCCGGCAUAAAAGACAUACUGUAUCUCAUGCAGAAUGUUGCGGAUGACGUCCUGGACAUCAAGGUUAUAGCAGACCAUUAUCGAUCUGAAAUCCCGAUGCUCAACAAGCCAAUCCGCCUGUCGAACCGGGGAGAAAAUUGGGGUGAUGGAGAUCGAUUCGAGGACGGAAGAUACCACGAUGUGGCUCCACAUGAUGUGGCUCCACAUGAUGUGGCUCCACACAUGAUAAGUGAUCGACAUCUGGUGGAAACAAUUUUCUCAUUGUUGAAGGUGGAUGAAUAUGCAUUGGGCUUUUCUAAAGCUUUCAUAAGUUCGAAUUUGAAAAAAAAGAUAGCCAGCGUCGAUCCUCCACGAUACUGCGAUAUACUCAGAUACUACCGAUCUCGGAUAUAUCCCAGGGCCGUACUUAAGGUGUUCUUCGCUUCGGUCUUCUGUUUCCGACUCCAAAUACUUAGGAGCAAAGCGCGCAGGGCAGCCGUCUUCCUCCAGAACUACUUGCAUUUCAGAUACCACUAUCACCGCAAACACAAAGCAGCUAUUGUGAUUCAGACCGCUCUACGGCAUUGGUACCACAGAGUACAGGAGAGAGCGGCCAAACAAAAACAAGGCUGGUCAGCCGAGCGCAACGCAUAUACUGGAAGACUAACUAGCAUCGUGGACCACAUGGCGGCCUUACCCAGGGCUCCAGAAUCACCAACCAAUCUGGAAGAAGCAACCAGAACGAGUUCUCAUAUCCCAUCCCAACCUCGCGGCCGCCUAAAAAACGUUCCACGAUCCCGGAAGAAAAACCCUCCGGAUUUGGUGCAGAAAAUCUCUUACGUGUUGACAACAGUGCAGAACCAAUCACUCUGCGGCAAAAAACCCAAGCGGAAACUGAAUACAAUGCCCUCGAAAUGGCCCUAUGUUCGAGAGGAUGGCUACUACCACUGCUAA